GCGCAGGAGCAUCAGUGGGCAUUUGCACUUGUCGACUCGCCCGUUAGAAGGCUCAGUAGCCAUGGGAUCGUGGUCGGCGGCGUUCGUUUUGUUGGUGGUUGGAGUCACAGUGGUGUACAGUACACCACUCGUCAAUGAAAAGCAACCCGGGCAAGAAUGGCCAAAUCGCGGUGCAGUUCCACAGCCAUCUGAUUAUAAAUUAGUGGAAACGGCUACAGAAACUGUUUCGGGAGAAAAAAGUGAGCAAGAAGUAACUACAGAUGAGCUUCCUUUAGAGAUAAUUGAAGAAGAGCCAGUUGAAGAAAAAAUAAAAACAGAUGUAACUAACACAAAUACACAAGAAAACGAGGAUUCUGAUAAUAAUACCCUAAAUAAUAAAGUUGAUACAAUUAAAACCAAAACAACAUUAACUAAAGCGGAAACCGCCUCACAAAAAGUAGAUUAUUCCGGUGCUCAACUCUGGAAAGUCUCAAUAGAAAAAGAAGGAAGUCGUGGUAUUCUUGGCAGACUACGUCGAAGAAAUCAAAUUGCAACUUGGGGAACUAAUGGAACAGCAAUUGAUGUAUUCAUAAAACCAGAUGCUAUACAAAACGUUACUCGUGUAUUGAGUAGGGAAAAUAUUGCAUUUGAAGUUGUUAUUGAGGAUUUACAGAAGAGGAUUGAUGAAGAAAAUCCACCUCUAGAUGAGAAUGAAGUAGAACUUCAGGACAGACGAGGACACCGUAUGAAUUGGAAACAAUAUCACAGAUUAGAAGAUAUCGACGGAUUUUUAGAAUAUUUAUCCAAAACAUACCCUGCUAUCAUCAGUGUUAAUAGUAUCGGAAAAUCACAUGAAGGACGAGAAUUGAAGGUAUUAAGAAUUUCGAACGGUAAUCCUUCGAAUAAAGCCAUUUUCAUAGAUGGAGGUAUCCACGCGCGCGAAUGGAUCAGUCCUGCAACUGUAACUUACAUCAUCAAUCAGUUUGCUGAAAACUUCGAUGAAGAAUCUGAGGACAUCAAAAACUUAGAUUGGUACUUUUUGCCUGUGAUGAAUCCAGAUGGAUACGAGUAUACUCACAUGAGUGAUCGCUUGUGGAGGAAAAACAGGCGGCCUGGUGUCGCUGGAAGAGGAUGUUCAGGCGUUGACUUAAAUAGGAACUUUGGAUACCGUUGGGGUGGUAAAGGUACAUCUAGCAGUUCUUGCAGUGAAAUUUACCGUGGUCCUAGAGCAUUUUCGGAGCCAGAAUCGCGUGCUGUUUAUGAAUUCUUCCAAAAGAGUGCUGCCAAUUAUGUGGCUUAUAUAACAUACCACAGCUAUGGACAAUAUAUUUUGUACCCAUGGGGAUAUGAAAAUGCUGUGCCACCAGAUUAUGAGGACUUACAAUCUCUUGGUGACAAAAUGGCUGCGGUUAUCCAAUCAACAGGUGGUGAUUACUAUAGUGUAGGUUCUUCAAGUAAACUUUUAUAUCCAGCAGCGGGAGGAUCUGACGAUUGGGCAAAGAGCCAGGGCAUCAAAUACUCUUACACCAUUGAACUUAAUGACAAGGGCAGAUAUGGAUUUGUACUUCCCACAACCUACAUAGAAAAUGUUGCUAAGGAAUCCCUAGCUGCUUUAAGAGUACUAGCUGCACAAGUGAAUAAGGAGUGAUCUCAAUAAACAACCUUAUAUUAUUUAUAAUAUUUAAACUUACAUUAAGUUAUCAUAUAAGUAGUAUUUAAAUAUGAAUGUCUUGAAUAUAAUUUUAAUUAUACUAUUGAAAUGAAAAUAAAAAAUAAAUAUUUAA